CGCCUCAGGAUGGCCCACACUAUGGAACCAGUGGCAAAGAAGAUCUUUAAAGGAGUUUUAGUAGUUGAACUCUUGGGCGUUUUUGGAGCAUAUUUUUUGUUUUAUAAGAUGAACACAAGCCAAGAUUUCAGGCAAACAAUGAGCAAGAAAUUUCCCCUCAUCUUGGAAGUUUAUCACAAAUCCAUUGAACAGUCUGGAAUGUACGGAGUCAGAGAGCAAGAUCAAGAAAAAUGGUUGAACAGCAAAAAUUAG